AUGGCUGGUGACGCGUCUCGGAAGACGUUGAGUGUACUCGACGCGUUGGAUCAAUCUUUUACAUCGUCGGGGUCCCCAGACUCCUCUUUUAUAUUAAAAACCCCAGAAACACCCAAUGGGAGCCAGAAUGGCAUUCAGUCGCAGCAAGCUAGCAUCACGGAUUACUUCGAACCGGGGUCAAGCUCGAAGAAAAACACAGCUGCAGAGCUCUUGAGAGUUGCGCAGGCGAGGGCGGCUGGAGUCGCAUCUGCAGCAACGGUCGAUGCGGGGUUCUUGGCGAGCUCUCUUGGACCGACACCGAAGAGGGGAGGUGCUGGGGGCUUUAGCUUGAAUUAUGAUCAAGUUACGCCACUUCGCGUUAUAGAUGUUGGUGGGCCGGAUCAAGAACAAAGAUUGGCGGAAUUUGUGACGAAAUCGAUUGAUAACUUGAGUCAUGGGCUCACUGUGAGGGACGCUAUGAAGCAAUUGGGUCUCAAGAAUCAAAAAGAUUUGCUUCCUGGGCUUGAAGUUCGGCUCUUGAGUCACCAAGCAAUCGGAGUCGCAUGGAUGCUGCAAAAGGAGAAGGGUCAAGACAGAGGAGGUAUCCUGGCAGAUGACAUGGGUCUAGGAAAGACUGUCCAAAUGAUCGCCUGCAUGGCGAUGAACCUGCCUAAACUUGAUGACGGUUGCCGAACAACUCUUAUCGUAGUCCCUGCUGCUCUAUUACAACAGUGGAAAGAUGAAAUUGACACAAAGAGCAACGGUCUUUUCGAUGUGCACAUCCACCAUGGGAAGGAUAAAUUGAAGACGAAAGACCAAGUGAACUCAAAGGACGUUAUUGUCACAUCAUAUCAAACUUUGUGUCAGGAUUUCAACGUACCUAAAGAUCUUCCUCCUGAAGAUGAGCCUGAAUGGCUCGCAGAGCAUGGAGGUAUCUUGGCGCGUGUGAAGUUCUACCGUGCUAUCGCAGAUGAGGCUCAAUUCAUUCGUAAUCGGUCCACUCGAUCGAGCAUCAGCUUAGCCCACAUCAAAGCGAAAUAUCGCUGGAUGCUGACGGGUACUCCGGUCACCAAUACUCUGGCCGAUAUCUACGGCCUGCUUCGCUUUGGCCGAUUUAGACCUUGGAACGAUUGGAAUGACUUCAACGCGCAUGUGGCAAAAGUCCAGGUCGACGACGCCCCAUUGGCAGGUGCCCGAGCACAAGCCAUUUUGAAGCCUCUCCUGCUUCGACGUACGAAGAAUUCUUCGCUGGAAGGGAAACCCAUUCUAGAGCUUCCUCCUAAAGAAAUCGAGAUGGUGCAACUCCAAUUUUCACGGGAAGAAAGAGAUGUCUAUGAUUGCUUCGAGAAGCGCACCAAGAUUCGGCUGAAUAAAUUCAUCCGGGAGAGAACUCUCCUCAAGAAUCAUGCAGCUGUUCUAGUCAUGAUCUUGCGUUUACGCCAGCUUUGCUGUCAUCCACACCUGAUUCUUUCUUUGACUGAUGGAUAUGAAGACCCGACACUGCUUGUUGCAAGCGAUGCCGAGAAGGAACUUGGGCGAGCCAAGAAGCUGAUGGGCGCUGCUUGGGUUGCAGAGGUCAAGAAGCGAUUCCUCUUGCGUGCAGCUGUUAGCGAAUUACUUGACUUUUCGGACGAGGCUGAUGCACCAGAGGCAAAUUGUCCCGUCUGUAAAGAUAUGUACAUUAACGACAGUGGACGUAUUCUUGCUUGUGGCCAUGAGAUAUGUUUCGAUUGUUCCCUCGAGCUCAAGAAUGCUCCAAUUGCGCACGAUGGUAUCUUCGGAUAUGGGAGCGAGAAAGAGAAUCUCGCAGCCGAGAAAGAACACGAAAAUGCAGCAGCAAAGGGCUACCGGCCUUGUCCCACUUGCAAGAAGAUGAACGACCUUAGUGCGGACAAGAUCUUCAAAUCUGCUGCGUUUGAGCCGUCAGACGAGGAAUUGAGCAAUCAUGCCAGGUCAAAACGUCAAGCGAAAAAGGGAAGGAGCAGCCGAGAUGUCAUUGUAAAGUCACAGUGUUCACCGUCGCCACUAAAAUCUUUUGAGGAUUUCCUGAUGUCGGAUUCCGAUGAUGAUCUCCCUGACGUUGCCAAUAUGUUCGAGGAUCGUCCCAAGAAGCGCCAGAAGAAAAACAUGAAAUCUGCACUAGAGGAUGACGAGAUGAUCGACCUUACAAUGAAAGACAUCACUUCAUCCAAGACGUCGGGGGUGAAGUCGGAACUCGAUGACUCCGACGUCGAGAUCUUCGACGGGACUACUUCGCUGGGCAAACGGACGAGAGAACCAUCGCCCAUGCCCCCUGGCAAGGGCAAGGGACGAGCCAGCUUUGGAAACGGAAAGAGUUCUGACCCUUCUGAUGCUGUACUGGCUACUUGGCGACGGGGAGACGAUGACAUGGAGCCAAGCACGAAAAUGUUGGCCUUGAUCGAUUACUUGAAAGAGUGGGAGUCCACCGGGGACAAGACUAUCUGUUACUCGCAAUGGACUUCCAUGUUGGAUUUGAUUGAAACCCUGUUUUCUCGUCAUGGAAUCCGAAGUCUGCGCUUUGACGGAAAGAUGGAUCGAACUUCGAGAGAUGCUACCCUUGCCUCUUUCAAGCAGAUUGGAGGACCCAAAGUCAUUCUGAUAAGCACUAAGUGCGGUAGUGUUGGUUUGAACUUGGUAUCAGCAAAUCGCAUUGUCAACAUGGAUCUUUCUUGGAAUUACGCCGCUGAGUCCCAGGCAUACGACAGAUGCCAUCGAAUUGGUCAAGAAAAGACUGUCCACGUCAAGCGUCUUGUUGUUGAGAACACUAUUGAAGAACGCAUGUUGAAGUUGCAAGACGUGAAAGUUGGUCUCGCGGAAGCCGCUCUAGGCGAAGGGACCGGAGCCAAACUCCACAAACUGAGUGUCAAAGAUAUCAAAUAUCUCUUCGGCAUGGGGCCUAAGCAGGGCAACAACGCUGGCAACAAGCCUCCUCAAGCUGACAGCGACGAUGAUUAG